CCUCGUCUGGUUGGAAUGAGCCGUUGGAAGUUCUGAGUUAAAGUGAAUUAGAGUAAUGAAGCUCAUGUGAGUGCUGGGAGGGACGAGUACAGUAACGGAGCCGAAACCUUCACGUCCAACCUGACCUGCACAGAUCUUCUUCAGGACUGAAUCAAAUCUGGACGUUUUUGAGUCGUUCAGAAGUUUGGACGCCCCACCGGACGCCCCUUUAGCAGGUUUAUGGUGUGUGUUUGGGUUUUGCGUAAUCCCUCUGUUACAAGUUAAUUAUUCAGCAGAGAGAGAGAGACAGAGAGAGAGAGACAGAGAGAGAGAGACGGGUCACACUCACUCCGUACCUGAGACUCACUCACUCGCCUCCUUCUUUUGGGUAAGAACACUCUCUCUGUGUGUGUGUGUGUGUGUGUGUGAGAGAGUGUAUGCUGGUGUGUGUGAGUGUGUGUGAGUGUACGCUGGUGUGUGUGAGUGUACGCUGGUGUGUUUGUGUGUGUGUGUGUGUGUGAGUGUGUGUGAGUGUGUGUGAGUGUAAGUUGGUGUGUUUGAGAGUAAGUUGGUGUGUUUGAGAGUGUGUGUAAGUUGGAGUGUGUGUGUGUGUGUGUACGCUGGUGUGUGUGAGUGUACGCUGGUGUGUGUGUGUGUUUGUGUGUGUGUGUGUGUGUGUGAGUGUGUGUGAGUGUAAGUUGGUGUGUUUGAGAGUGUGUGUAAGUUGGAGUGUGUGUGUGUACGCUGGUGUGUGUGAGUGUACGCCGGUGUGUGUGCAUGUAUGUUGUUGUAGUUGGUGUGUGUGUGUUGUAAUGGGCAGUGAUAGCUCAGUGGUUAAGGUACUGGACUAGUAAACAGAAGGUUGCCGGUUCAAGCCCCACCACCACCAAGUUGCCACUGUUGGGUCCCUGAGCGAGGCCCUUAACCCUCAAUUGCUCAUCAUGUUCAGCUCAUUGUGUUUCUGAGCUUCUGUAAUGGAAAAGAUUCACCAAAGCCCUAAAAGUCCACCCAGACAGAGGUUGACCCUGUGUGUACUCAGUGCAGCGUUUUUUGGAGCUCUCGGUUCCUCUUUCCUGUACGGAUACAACCUGUCUGUGGUGAACGCUCCUGCUCAGGAUAUUAAAGCGUUCUAUAACCGGACGUGGCUGCAGCGGUAUGAUGAGGCGGUCACUCUGGACACGCUGACCCUCCUCUGGUCGGUGACGGUCUCCAUAUUUGCAGUGGGGGGCCUGAUGGGGGCGCUCACGGUCCCCUUCCUCAUUAAGGUUUUGGGCAGGAAGGGCACGCUGCUGGCCAAUAACGUGCUGGCGUUGCUCUCUGCUCUCCUCAUGGCGCUGGGGGAGAGGGCGGGGUCGUUUGAGAUGCUCAUCAUUGGCCGGUUCAUUGUUGGAAUGGAUUCAGGUGUGUCUCUGAGCGCCCUGCCCAUGUACCUGGGUGAGAUCUCCCCCCGGCAGCACCGCGGCUCUGUCGGUCAGUUUAACGCCGUCUUCAUCUGCCUCGGCGUCUUCACCGGUCAGCUGCUCGGCCUGCCUGAGAUAUUAGGACACAAGAGCCGGUGGAACUUCCUGUUUGCGUUUAUUGCGCUUCCUGCCGUCCUGCAGUUGUGUGUGUUGCCGUUUUUGCCGGAGUCUCCGCGGUUCCUGCUGAUGGAGCGACGAGAUCAAACUGGAGCUGAGAAAGCGUUCCAGUUGUUGUUGGGGAGGGCGGAUGUGAGUUCGGAGAUGGAUGAGGUGUACGCAGAGAUCAGAGCUCAGAACACUCAGAGUUCCGUGUCGUUUCUGCGUCUCUUCACUGAUCCGUCCGUCCGCUGGCAGCUCGUCUCCGUCAUCGUCAUCAUGAGCAGCUACCAGCUCUGCGGCCUCAACGUGAUCUGGUAUUACACUAACGGGAUCUUCGAGGGUGCAGGAUUUGAUAAGAGCACCAUUCCCUACGUCACCCUCAGUACAGGAUUCAUCGAGACCCUGGCCGCCAUCAUAUCGGGGUUGGUGAUAGAGAAGGUUGGCCGGAAGCCCCUGCUGAUUUUCGGGUUUGCAGCGAUGGCCGUGUGUUACAGUCUCCUCACUGUGUUCCUGCACCUGCAGGACAGGUACUCCUGGAUGCCGUACCUGAGCUUCGUCUCCAUCCUGGCACUUAUCGCCUCCUUCUGCUCCGGUCCGGGUGGGAUUCCCUUUAUUCUGACGGGUGAGAUUUUUGAACAGUCCUAUCGUCCUUCUGCUUUCUUGGUGGCUGGAAUCGUGAACUGGUUGGCGAAUUUCAUUGUGGGUCUCAUCUUUCCCUUCAUACAGGAGUCCCUGCAGAACUACGCCUUCCUGGUGUUCGUGGGGGGGUGUGUUUCCGCGGCGAUCUACCUCGUUGUCGUUCUGCCUGAAACUAAGAACAAAACCUUCGUGCAGAUCAGCCAGAGCUUUGCUAAAAUCAACAAGGUCCCUCAGAACUUGGACCAGGACCUGGCGGAGCAGGAGAUGGAGGACGUUCUCCACAUCCAACCCAGGAUGGUACAGAAGAGCGACGGGGGUGAGGCGGAGAACCCGGAGAACCUGAAGGUUCAGCACAGUCACGAACGCCAAGAGGAAAACGGGGAGGUGAAGAACCACACGUCCUUCUGAUACACACACACACACACACGUCCUUCUGAUACACACACACACACACGUCCUUCUGAUACACACACACACACACACGUCCUUCUGAUACACACACACACACACACGUCCUUCUGAUACACACACACACACACACGUCCUUCUGAUACACACACACACACACGUCCUUCUGAUACACACACACACACACGUCCUUCUGAUACACACACACACACACGUCCUUCUGAUACACACACACACACACACGUCCUUCUGAUACACACACACACACACACGUCCUUCUGAUACACACACACACACACACGUCCUUCUGAUACACACACACACACACACGUCCUUCUGAUACACACACACACACACGUCCUUCUGAUACACACACACACACACACGUCCUUCUGAUACACACACACACACACACGUCCUUCUGAUACACACACACACACACACGUCCUUCUGAUACACACACACACACACACGUCCUUCUGAUACACACACACACACACGUCCUUCUGAUACACACACACACACACGUCCUUCUGAUACACACACACACACGUCCUUCUGAUACACACACACACACACACGUCCUUCUGAUACACACACACACACACACGUCCUUCUGAUACACACACACACACACACGUCCUUCUGAUACACACACACACACACACGUCCUUCUGAUACACACACACACACACGUCCUUCUGAUACACACACACACACACGUCCUUCUGAUACACACACACACACACACGUCCUUCUGAUACACACACACACACACACGUCCUUCUGAUACACACACACACACACACGUCCUUCUGAUACACACACACACACACACGUCCUUCUGAUACACACACACACACACGUCCUUCUGAUACACACACACACACACACGUCCUUCUGAUACACACACACACACACACGUCCUUCUGAUACACACACACACACACACGUCCUUCUGAUACACACACACACACACACGUCCUUCUGAUACACACACACACACACACACACACGUCCUUCUGAUACACACACACACACACACGUCCUUCUGAUACACACACACACACACACGUCCUUCUGAUACACACACACACACACACACACACGUCCUUCUGAUACACACACACACACACACACACACACACGUCCUUCUGAUACACACACACACACACACGUCCUUCUGAUACACACACACACACACACACACACGUCCUUCUGAUACACACACACACACACGUCCUUCUGAUACACACACACACACACACACACACACACGUCCUUCUGAUACACACACACACACACGUCCUUCUGAUACACACACACACACACACGUCCUUCUGAUACACACACACACACACGUCCUUCUGAUACACACACACACACACACGUCCUUCUGAUACACACACACACACACACGUCCUUCUGAUACACACACACACACACACGUCCUUCUGAUACACACACACACACACACGUCCUUCUGAUACACACACACACACACACGUCCUUCUGAUACACACACACACACACACGUCCUUCUGAUACACACACACACACACACACACACACGUCCUUCUGAUACACACACACACACACACGUCCUUCUGAUACACACACACACACACACACACACGUCCUUCUGAUACACACACACACACACGUCCUUCUGAUACACACACACACACACACACACACACGUCCUUCUGAUACACACACACACACACGUCCUUCUGAUACACACACACACACACACACACACACACGUCCUUCUGAUACACACACACACACACACACACACGUCCUUCUGAUACACACACACACACACACACACACACACGUCCUUCUGAUACACACACACACACACACGUCCUUCUGAUACACACACACACACACACACACACACACACGUCCUUCUGAUACACACACACACACACACACACACGUCCUUCUGAUACACACACACACACACACACACACGUCCUUCUGAUACACACACACACACACGUCCUUCUGAUACACACACACACACACACACACACACGUCCUUCUGAUACACACACACACACACACGUCCUUCUGAUACACACACACACACACACACACACGUCCUUCUGAUACACACACACACACACACACACACGUCCUUCUGAUACACACACACACACACACACACACGUCCUUCUGAUACACACACACACACACACACACACACGUCCUUCUGAUACACACACACACACACGUCCUUCUGAUACACACACACACACACACACACACGUCCUUCUGAUACACACACACACACACGUCCUUCUGAUACACACACACACACACACACACACGUCCUUCUGAUACACACACACACACACACACGUCCUUCUGAUACACACACACACACACACACACACACGUCCUUCUGAUACACACACACACACACGUCCUUCUGAUACACACACACACACACACACACACACACGUCCUUCUGAUACACACACACACACACGUCCUUCUGAUACACACACACACACACACACACACACGUCCUUCUGAUACACACACACACACACACACACACGUCCUUCUGAUACACACACACACACACGUCCUUCUGAUACACACACACACACACACACACGUCCUUCUGAUACACACACACACACACGUCCUUCUGAUACACACACACACACACACGUCCUUCUGAUACACACACACACACACACGUCCUUCUGAUACACACACACACACACAAACGUCCUUCUGAUACACACACACACACACACGUCCUUCUGAUACACACACACACACACGUCCUUCUGAUACACACACACACACACAAACGUCCUUCUGAUACACACACACACACGUCCUUCUGAUACACACACACACACGUGCUUCUGAUACACACACUUACACACACACCCUCCCUGAAUUACCCAGAGGUGCACCACAUGUGUGUGUGUUUGUGUGUGUGUGCACCUCAGUCCAGGAGAACCCACAGAGAUGCUCCACAUCUCUUACCAGGUUCUGGUAAACGUCCAUAUAUGGACAUCAUUUCCUCUGUACUUUUGUGUAUAUAUAAUCAAACACACCCAUAUUUCCAUAUUUGGACUUAUUGACACACCCACAUUUGCCCUAUAUGGACACUAUGCUGACAGUUUCUCACGCGGCCUCUUUAAUGAUCAUGAACCUAAAUUUCAUCCCUAAAUUCAGUGACACUUUUUUUUUUCCUUGUAAGGACUAUAUGACAUGAACAUAUUUGGUCAGUGAGACCUUCUAUUUUCCAUCUAUGGACUUACACAAUUGUAUUUCUUUAUAUGGACAAUAUGACAUGCCCAUAUAUGGUUAAUGAGACAUUCCAUUUUCCAUAUAUGGACUCAGUGACACGCCUUUACUUCCUUAUAUGGACUUAAUAAUAAAAAUGCUCAGAAUUCCAUGUUCGUGAACACAAACACGGGUUUCAGUGUAAGGCAGCAGUGCAUUCUGGGUAAUCUGAGGCCCCUAGAAAUGUUUAUUAUUAAUAUCGUCGUUAUUAUUUUUAUACAUGUAAAAGUUUUGUAAUAAUUCUUUAUAAAUUUACUGAUUUAUAUUUUCAGUCAGUUAUUAAACACCAACACAAACA